AUGGACAAGCUCCUCAUUUCCGAAGAACGUUAUGGACGAAAAGCGAAUCACUUCGAAGACGAUGAUUUCGUCGAUCGUCUCAACAGUCGAUAUACCGUCAUGGUAUUGAUGCUGUGCAUUUUUCUCAUUACAGGGAAGACUUACGUUGGCGAUCCGAUUAACUGUUGGACACCUGCACAAUUUACCGGUACACACAAUGCGUAUACAAAUAGUAUUUGUUGGUUGAAAGGAUCGUAUUAUCUACCGACAGAAGAAAUCACCAUUCCUGAUCGAUCGAAACCAAGAGUUUACUAUGUAUCGUACUAUCAAUGGACUCCGUUUAUUCUUCUCGGUAUGGGUAUGCUCUUUCUCAUACCUAAGUUCGUCUGGCAUACUUUUACUCGACAAGCUGGUAUUAACAUUCGUCGACUCGUUCAGACGAUUAAAGAUAAACCAAAUGAUGAUAAAGGAGUUGAUUUUGUUAAACGAUCACUCAAAUCCUAUCUCGAUCGAUUGAACAACUUACACGGAACGAAUUGUUGCGGUGCUCGUUGUAAUAACUUUUAUCUGGGUUAUACAAUUACAUAUUUCAUUGUCAAAUUGCUCUAUGUGAUCAAUACACUCGCACAAUUCUUCCUACUCAAUGCAUUUCUUUCAUUUCAUUUUACUGGCUAUGGUGUCGAAUCAUUAAACAAGUUAUUCAGCGGCGAAGAUUGGUUUGAAUCACCUCGGUUUCCCCGUGUGACAAUGUGCGAUUUCAUGAUUCGGCAUUUAGGAUCAAAUCAACAUUGGUAUGCAAUUCAAUGUAAUUUACCCAUCAAUAUGUACAAUGAAAAGAUUUUUCUUGGUAUCUGGAUUUGGCUAUUAGUAUUGACAGCUUUAAAUAUCGCUUCAAUGAUAUCUUGGAUUAUCUCAUUGAGUGGGAGUCGUCGAUUGUCUACAACAAAAAAAUAUUUGCAUGUUAGUAGAGUGACUUCACCCGAGAACGAGUCCUUAUUAUCCACGACAGUGAAAAGCCGACGAGCAGACGAUUUGGAUUUUACUGAAUAUAUGCAUUUAGAUGGAUUUCUUAUCUUCAAAAUAAUUGCUCACAAUACGGACGAAGUAGCAGCUGGACAAAUCAUCGAACAUUUAUAUCGAAAUUUUGAACCACUUAAUAGAAAUCAUGUGAGCAAUGUUUGA